UUCUUUUCUUAUGUUUUCUUGGGCUGGUUUUGGAAGAGAAGAAGAGAAUGAUGAUGUUUCGGGAGACGCGUUUCAGAUGAACGACGAUCUUGACUUUUCGGACGAGGAAGACGAUAACAAGGCAGUGAAUGGGGAAACCAUGGUUAACGGUUCAAACGUGAAUACUCGAGUUGCUGAGCUUGAGUCUGAAAUUCAACAACGAGACAGUUUGCUUCAGAUGAAAACAGACGAACUAAGGCGUAUUGCUUUGCAAAAUCAUGAUUACGAAGUCGAGGUUUUGUUUGAGUGA